AUGUCAAGAAGACGAACAAUUUCAUCUGUAAUUACAGAUAGUGGAAGUGAUUAUAUAGUAUAUAGUACAUCUCUACCAAUAAAAGAUCGUCUUCGGAAUUAUAUUGGUAUACCGAAACCAAUAGAAAGAGAAAAUACUGAUAAUGAACAGUAUUCCUGGUAUGCUGUUAAUUAUCAAUCAAUAGUACAUAAAGUAACAAAAUUUUAUUUAUUAGUUUAUCGGUGGUUUUCUAGUUCACUAAUUCGAAAUAUGCAUCGUAUUGCUCUAACAAUUAAUCUUUGUUUGGCUUUAUUUGAAUGGCCAUCAUCAUUUAGUAUAACAUCAGAUGUUCGUGAUAAACCUGAUCGAAUAGUUUUUCCAUAUUUAUUACUUAUGAUUAUUGAGGGUUUAACACUCAUAUGGUUUUUUGUUUAUAUUUGUACUAAAAUUUCUUGUCUUGGUAUAAAACAUGCUCGAAAACGUUUUUGGUUAAUUGCUUUUCUCAUUGUAACUAUUUAUUCCUUAUGUGAAUGGUUCGCUAUGAUUGCAUUCAUUAGUUAUACAUAUCAAGGAAUUCGUGUUCGACGUAUACUUCGUCCAUUAUUUAUGAUUGAAUCAUCUCAAUUGAUGAAGAAAGCGUUGAAAGCUGUACAAAAAGAUUUAUUAACUAUUAUUGCUUGUAUUGCAAUGGCACUUGCACAUAUACUUUUCUUUGCUAUUAUGGCUAUGUUUCUUUUUCCUCGAUCAGAAACUCGAAAAGAUAGUCAAGGUAGUACUUAUUUUGGUAGUCUACAUGAUUCAGUUUUUCAAUUACUUGUAUUAUAUUCUACUGCUAAUAAUCCUGAUGUUAUGACACCAGCUUAUUCGGAUAAUCGAUUGAAUGUUCUAUUUUUUAUUAUUUUUGUUAUUAUUGGCAUUUAUUGGAUACAAAAUAUAAUAACUGCUGUAGUUUAUCGUGCUUUUCGAGGAUAUUUUUUAAAUUCUAUUAUUAAUUCACAAUUACGACGACGUUUAGCUAUAAGAGCAUCAUUUGAAGUUUUAAAAAGACGAACAUCGAAUGGAGGAUCAAUUGAGAUUAGGGAUACUGUACCAAUUUCUAUUGUAAGAACAAUUGUUCAAUCUGCAUCAAUGAGUACAUGGCAUUGUGAUAGAAUCAGUCAAAGAUUGAAUGAAUUAGAAACAGAAAUCAAUACAAUUGAUUUCGAUCAAUAUUCAAAAAUAAUGCAAUUAUUAGAUUUAAAUCCUAAAUUAGUAGCUGAAAUUGAAAUUAAGACAUUAGGAGAAAAUUUAAUUGAUCGUUUUAAAGCUGUUGGUCGUUCAAAAAUAUUUGAUACUAUUGGUACAUUACUCGCUCUAUUAAGUGUUUUAUUUACUACAAUUGAAGUUAGUAAUCGUCAUUUACAUUUCAAAUAUGAAGAAUUAGUUCAACAUACAUUACUGAUUGCAUUCAUUAAUUUCAGUUUUACAAUUUAUUUUGUAUUAGAAAUAAUAAUGAAAGCAUGGUCAUUUGGUCCGGAUAAAUAUUUUCGUUCAUCUUCAGCACAUAUAUUAGAAGCAGGUGUAGCUUUAACAUGUUUUAUUUUACAAGUAAUACAUAUGGCUAUUGAUGGAUCACCUGUUAUAUCCGAAAGUGAUUUGGAUUUAACACCAAAACAAAUUCCUUUUUUAACAUUAUGGGAAGCCAUAAAAGCAUGUAAUAUGUUAUUUAUUUAUCGAUUAAUUCGAUUUUUACCAGCAUCAAAAAAUAUUCAAAUUAUUGUUGGAACAGUUAUUGAUGAAAUUCGUAAUGGUGGCGCUUUUUUUGGAGUUUUAUUUAGUUUUUAUUAUGCAUAUUCAAUUCUUGGUAUGGAAUUAUUUGGAGGUACUUUAGAUAAUCUUUAUCUCCGACAGAAUCAAACAAAUAUAACAAUUUGUGGAACAUUCGAACAACUUGAAUAUUGGCCAAAUGGUUUUGAUGAUUUCUUUUCUUCGAUUGUUACACUUUAUAAUAUAAUGAUUGUAAAUCAAUGGUUUGUUUUCGUUAAUGCUUUUCGAGAUGCAACAAAUACAAAGUGGAGUGAAUUAUAUUUUAUAUUUUGGUAUCUAUUUGUUACAAACAUUGGAUUAAAUAUCUGUCUUGCACUAAGUGGUGAUAUUCAUGAUGCUAAAAAGAAACGAGCUGAUGAUCAUGAAGAAUUAAUUGUAUCAAAUAUGUUUGAUAUUUAUCGAUCUCAAUUAAAAGAACCACCAGCUGAAAUAAUAAUACAACAAUUAAAUGCACAUCCAUAUAUUAAUUUUCGUCAGGAGCCAUCUGAAGAAAUUUCGACUGCGUGA